UUUUUUUUUUUUUUACAGUACGUCCACACGCCCGCCCGACAACACUGUACAUCCAAGCAGCAAUUCCCCAAACAUCUGCGGACGCUUUUCUGGAGGGAGAUGGCUGUUUUCCGGCUGUCGUUGCUGCUGCAAGUGGGAUUUGUGAUCGGAUCAAAUCAUAAAUACGCGGAAUGGUCAACACAUGGGAAAGAAAUCAGAGCACAGGAGGCGAUUUACGGCGCUCAGACGCACCGUCGGCAGCUGGCGCAUCUCCGUGCGCCUCAACAUCCACCCGGGGAGUCGGUAGAGCUGUCGCAGAAAAUAGAGGAGCAUCUCCCUAGAGUGGUCACGGCUUUCCUACACACGGGGGACUCGACCACCUUAAAGCACGCCAACUGCUCACGGAGGUACGAGCUCACCUCUCUGCGGGGAAGGUCACACGCCACCCCGCAUCACUCCAUGACCAGCGUGCUGGAUACGGUGUUGCACGCCACAAACUUCCUCAACAUGAUCUUGCAAGCCAACAGGUCCAGGGAGCAAAGUGUCCGGCGAGACAUUGAGUGGUACCAUGCCCUGGUCAGGAGCAUCCUGGAGGGAGACGCAAAGAUCCACCGGGCUGUAGUCACUUUUAACGGGGAUUCGUCCCUGGUUGGGCCCUUGGUGCUUCUCCAAGCCACCAGGGCCGGUGGAGAGAUCGUCCUCCAAGACCUCUCCAGUGUGGCCCACCACCAUCUGCACAACCGCACGGCAGACACAGACUGGUACCACGAAGUCCGAGACAGGAAGAAGCCCAGUUUUCACAAGAGGGUGCUGAGUCAAGAUUUUACAUCAGUUGACAAUUCUUUAAAGAGGGGUGAGAGUUUCAUCCCAGACAAGACCCACGUGAAAUGGUCUGCGCCGUACCUGGAGUGUGAGAAUGGGAAUUUUGUUCCCCGUUGGCUUUUGACUUUAUCAGCUGCUUUCUAUGGCCUGAAGCCCAACCUGGCGCCAGAAUUCAGGGGUGUGGUACGAGUGGACAUUAAUCUGCAGGAUGUUGAUAUCGACCAGUGCUCCACUGACGGCUGGUUUGCAGGAACCCAUCGAUGCAACCUGACCACUAUGGAGUGCUUGCCGAUUCGUGGUCACGGAUUUGUUUUGGACAAGUACCAGUGUCACUGCAAGAAGGGAUUUUACCAUCCAAACAGGGUCGCUGUCAAUGGCUUCACAAGGAUGGGUAAAAAGGGGAAAAUGGUGGACAGUGGUCCCAACGCAGAUGAGGGGUCUUCCAGUGACUGCCUGCCGUGUCAGCAGGGCUGCACCUACUGUAAGGAUGAUACCCCCUGUGUGGCACGGGAAGACGGCGCCCUCCGCCUGGCCGUGCUCUCAUUCCAGUGCCUCUGCAUGCUGAUUGUCUUCAUCAGCAUGGUGCUCAUCUACCACUUCCGACGGAAUAAGAGUAUCAGAGCAUCAGGUUUAGUCCUGCUGGAGGCCAUCCUGUGUGGAGCUCUGCUUCUUUACUUCCCGGUUGGGAUUCUCUAUUUCCAGCCGAGCGUGUUUCGCUGCAUCCUGCUGCGAUGGGUUCGAAUGCUGGGCUUCGCCACAGUCUACGGGACGCUGAGUCUUAAAUUGUAUAGGGUGCUGAAGGUAUUCCUGUCCCGUACAGCCCAGAGGAUCCCCUAUAUGACCAGCUGGCGAGUGUUGCGUCUGCUGGGCAUCAUCCUGCUGAUCGUCCUCUGGUUCCUUGUGGCUUGGACAUCUGCCGUCUGUCAGAACCCAGACAGAAAGUUGGCUCUCAUCGAUGUGGGCUACACCCCCGAUGGGCUGCAGUUCAGCAUGUGCCUGCUGGAUCGCUGGGACUACAUGAUGGCUGUUGCUGAGUUCCUCUUCCUGCUUUGGGCUGUGUACCUGUGUUACGCUGUGAGGACGGUGCCGUCGGCCUUUCACGAACCUCGCUACAUGGCGAUCGCUGUUCACAAUGAGCUUGUACUGUCAGCGAUAUUUUAUGUCAUCAGGUUCACUCUUGCUCCUGAGCUGCAUCCAGACUGGAUGCUACUACUCUUCUUCACCCACACCCACUUAACAGUGACAGUCACACUGGGACUACUGCUAAUCCCUAAGUUCUUGUUUGCUGGCACCCACAUGAGAGAUGAUAUAGCGUCUGAGGCCUAUGAGGAUGAGUUGGACAUGGGUCGCUCUGGGUCGUAUCUUAACAGCAGCAUCACAUCAGCAUGGAGCGAACACAGUCUGGACCCUGAGGACAUCAGGGAAGAGCUGAAAAAACUCUACUCCCAGUUAGAGAUUUACAAGAGAAAGAAGAUGCUGGCUAACAACCCUCAUCUCCAGAAGAAACGGAGCUCUAAGAAAGGGUUGGGUCGUUCACUGAUGAGGCGCAUCACAGAAAUUCCUGAAUCGGUACAUCGGCAAUGCAGCCGCGAAGACAAAGAGGCUGGGGAACACGGGAGCAAUCGCAACAGCAUCUGCAUGUUGAAGAAGAAUCCUUUUGACCCAUCACACCAAGGGAAGCCAGCAAAGGAGGAGACACUCAAGAAUAAUGUUUUCUCCUUGAAGAAGUCCCACAGCAGCUAUGAUCACGUCCGUGACCAGAGUGAAGACUCCAACAGCUCUGCAACAGAUAAGAUCGAGGUGACGACGGCUGAAGGGUCCCUCCUGGACACACUCAUGGGAAAGAAGCUGGUCAAAAGAAAGUCCAAUGAAAAUAAUGCCCCAAGUGAAUCCACUGAGUCAGUUCCUUUGGUAUGCAAGUCAGCAAGCGCACAUAACCUCACUGCAGACAAGAAACCGAUUCACCCCAGAGCCUCCAUGCUUCAGAAGUCCCUCAGUGUCAUCGCCAGUGCCAAAGAGAAGACUUUAGGCUUGACAGGAAAGACCCAGAGCACGGACGACAGCAAUAAGAAGAGUCAGCCAAAGAGUAAAGACGCAAAGGCCAGUGUAGAAUCAGAGAGUGAAAGCCAACCGAAGAUGAUCAUUAGCCAGUCAGUUGAGUACAAACAGAGCACGGCAAAAGGCGGGAUCAUCAAACCACAGGUGAGUGGAAGCCAACCUGCAAUUCCUUCUGAUCCAGUCAAGGGAAAGGAUCUUUAUGAUCUCUCUGAGGUAUGUCCCUGGGAAGUGGAGGAUAUUCCCACUCCUUCAGAAAACAAGGUCCAGAAGCAUGUAUCCAUAGCACCAAAGGAAACCACAACAGUUCACGGAGGUGGCACAAAGGCGAGCAAAUCUCAGCAGAAGAAAAAAGGUUCAGAUCAGUCUGCAUCAAGUGUCAGCCAUUCGAAAGAAACUCAGAGAACAUCUGCAGUUCGAGCAGAAGUGUGUCCAUGGGAGGAGACGAGUGAGAGUCCAACUGGUCAAGUAGACGCAUCAAAGCAACAAAUAUCCAGUCCAACCAGUCAACUUUCUAAGAUACAACAGCCUCCUUUAACAGCAGAGAGCUCCAAAACACAUCGGGCAGAGGUUUGUCCGUGGGACUUUGAAGAUUCACAAAAGACUGCAGAGCUCACAAGCUCAACAGAUACAACAAAAAAAUUAAAAGGCACUUCUCCGGUGGAUGGGAAAGGAAAAAAUACCCUUUCAGAUACAUCCAAAGUAAGGGGCUCCCUUCAACUACCAACCGCAAAAGUUGAUGUUUGUCCUUGGGAUUAUGACAGCACUGCCAUAUCUCCAAAUUCAGAGAGAACACCUAGUCCAUCUCAAGUAUCCAAAAGCAAGGAAUCCCCUUCAAAAAAGAAGGGGACCCUUUCAACAAGAACAGUUGAGAAAGAGAAAUCAAAAGACGCUGAUGAAGAGAAAAACAGAACAAAAGCUAAGGACAAGAUUAAAUCUUCAGAGAAACACAUGAGCCAGCAAAAAAUGGUUGAGGUAUGCCCCUGGGAUGUAGAGGGUCAACAGGAGGUGCCCGUGGUAGAAAAAAGGAAAAGCACUAAUGUUGGAGCAGCCAAAGGAAAGCAGGCUGAAGUCUGUCCGUGGGACUUUGAGGAUACAUCAGAUAAAAAAGGCACAGACAAAAGUCCUUCUGUGGUGAAACAGAGUAAUCCAAAUCCUAAAGCUGGGGUUGUAAGUGCUGCAAAAAAGGCAGAUGUUUGUCCCUGGGACUUCGAGGAUAGCACAUCAAGCAAGAAGGCAUGACACUCAACCUUAACGGACCAAUGAAAUUAUAGUUAUUGACGUAUGCUUUUUUUCCACUUUGAAACCCUCAAAUAUUACCUUUUACUAUUAGUACGGUGACUUGGAAGAAAAAUCGAUCAAGUUCCACAAGUUGCCUUCCUUUCUGAGGUUUUGUUCCUGUUUUACCUGUUUUGAAAAUACAUUCUAUGUACAAAAACAUGAUGAGCAUUCCAGAUUAUUACAGGAAAAGUUAAAUCUUAGACUAAUUAUGCAACUUUUAAUUCGCCUUGUCACUUCAUGAGCAAUGUUAAUCUGCAUUUAUCACAUUAUAUGCAGCCAACAGUUAUUACAUUUUAUUUUUUUCUGUAUCAACAUCAUCACUUCUUGGAAAUAGGGGCAUGAUAAUAAUGGAUGUAUAGUAAAAUAUAUCACGUAUAGGAGGAAGAAUUAUGGAUGGAAAGGUUGAACUGCAAAAUAGGUGAAAGCCAAAGAAUGAUGUUAAGUCUCAAGGCUGUAAUUUAUUAGUUUGUGUCUGAAUCUUGGCACAGACGUGAAGAGGAUAUCAGUCUAUUGCACUUUAGCCAGCUCCAUAAAUUAAGAUCAGGACAAAUUCUGGUCUUCUUGUACAUUUUGUCUUCUUAGUUUACACCUCAUGGCAUGAUAUCAAAAAGCGCAUCACAUAUUGUCUAAACUUAGACGUUUUCUUAUUUAUUUUCUAUAUUUUUAGAUCUAUUUAAUUGUAGUUCUUGGCAGAUUAAAAGGCUUCCAAGUCUGCAGAGAUGUACUGUAUGUGCCUAACUAACUAGCGUUGUCUUGUAUUAGUCUGAAGUGAAGCUAUUGCUUCCUUCAGCAUUUUGUGACGGUGAAAUAUAUAAACAGCAUGCACAGCCAGAGUAGAUGGACCCUAAAAAUUUGUCAACUAAAACAGUUAACGUGUUGACAGAUGUUAAUGUUGUUUUUAGUUUCCUUUCUUAAUGCCAGAGGCACUGACCUUCCAGCUAUCAUAUAUACAAUACAGCUCAUUCAGGGUGGCAAAGAUUCAGUAAGAGCCACAUUAACAUAAAUGCGUACGAAAAACAGCUCUUACUUUAUGAACACAAGUAAAAGUGAGGAUAGAGACAUACUGAGGCACUAGGCUACUAAGGAAAUACUGAGGAAAUAAUUUGCAUCAGCUUUGUUUAAGAAUCCAGCAUGGAUCUUUGUGCUGACUUGCAUUAAUUGUUCGUUUGUGUACUUGUAUGUGUGUGUCUGGUAGUGCUUUCCCUCCUAUUUCCUUCGUUACAUUCCCAAUGUCUCAGUAAAAACAAAGAUGGUAAAAGGUGAGCAGGUUACCACGAACUGAUACAACCUGCUGUAUAAGGGAUAAUUAGUUGUCUUUUAGCUUUGGCCUUCGUUCUUAUUAACAACUGUACAAUGUAGCAACAAACUGUUGCUUUGAAAACUGGGUGGUAUCACUGCAAAGCAAAAAGAACAAGCUGUCAAACAGUCGUACAUACAUAUAUAAACUUUAAGGAAGAGGAAACAGGAAGUGGUCAGACUUAUCCUGUCCAGUAACAUCUGCAGCUUUAGGGUUUAGGAUCAGAUCCUUCUUUUUCUUCACUUUGCAUGUUCAUUAAUUGAACUUACUAGUUUGUUUUGGAAUCUUACUCAGACUGACAUAACGUUCCUACAAUACAGCAACUAUCAACCCAAUUCCAGCCUGAUGACGUAGGACGUUGGUUUGAAUCAGGAACAAAAUGGCAUUGGGCACAACAGGCAUUUUAUCUUGUUAUACGUGAUCUAGUUGACGACUGACACUGCAUUCACGAAAGACAUGUUAGCAUGUUUGACUUCUCCACAACAGGUUUAACAGGGUGUAAAACAUAUCUACCUUCAUUUACUUCUAAUUCUUUUAUCUGUAGAAAAGUCUCGUAGUUCUGUCCUGACUUGGAAACUGACCUCAAAGCAUCGGCGUAAGUCCUUUGUAUCAUGGAAAUAUCACAGUGAACACCAAUGUAAGUUCAGGGGCUACGAACUGCAUCUACACCUUUUAAAAUACACCAAUAUGAUGUAAAAUAAUAACAGACAGGCCGUAUCUGAGAUGAGAAAACACUUCAGCACAUCUGAAAUCCAACACUUCCAUUCUUACCUUUCACCAUAAAGUCCGUAGACAUGGACUUUAAUUUUCCUCCUCAAGAGUCGCUAGCAUCUCAAAAUUUAUUACAGUUGCUGGAUCGGAAAAACUGAUGAAAUGAUUAUGACUGAAAUAAAUAACAACAGCCUAAGCCAGUUCUGUUUUCCACUACUCAGUGUGAAAUCUGUUCCACGAAUGUAAUUUUUAUUGACACUGCAACUGGUAAAAGUUUUACACUGUCAGGAAAAUAUGCAAAAAUCUGCUGAAAUUUGGUCAGUUUGUUGGUUUUCUGUCCUGCAUCCACCUCAUCCGUGUCUUUUUGUGUCAAAAAAUAUCUAUGUCUACAUUUUCUUAUUAUCUAUGGGAAGUUCCUAUCACUAACCCCACUUAUGAAGACAGGUUUGGUUGAAAUGGUUGUGAAUAACUGGCACCUGAGAACUAUUUUGAACAAUUUAGUCAUUUCACCCCUAAAUCAGACUACAUUAGAGUAUGUGACUAAACUACUACUUUGUUUACAGUGUGCAGGACUAUUUGACUGCUUGUUUUUCUCACUUCAUGUGAUUUGUUUUGUAGGGAUUUCACCAUGUUUCCAGAUAUCUAAUACAUUAAAUAUUCUAUACUUUGGAGAGUAGAUCCUAACCAAUAUUAACAAAGACCAAAAUUGCUAAAAUAAAUUCCAGGUUGUAUUAAAUUAUCCUUUAAAACUUCAGUAACUAAAAAAGCUUUUACUGCCAUCAUUUUUUAUGUUUUUGUAAUGCGUAAACAGUAGUGCAAGGCAUGUGUUUCCUAGUUUUUUGCAAUGUAGACUAACGCCCAGUUGAUUAAUGACACUAAUCAUGUUAGAAUUAGACUUAGCAACGUGGUAAUGAUUUAAUAAUCUUACUAAACCUUUUGAAGGUUUUGAUUUGUUCAGUGUUUUGUAUCAAAAUGUCUAAAUACUCAUCAUACACUAACCGUCCUGGGAUUAAAACACAAAAACAAGUUUCCGGCUUUUACUAAAUAAUAAAUGUCCAGCAGCUGACAAUAAUUGCAGUCAUGUGGGAAAAACUAUGUAUCAAUAUAGCAUCUGCUUUCCGGUAUCUUGUGAGAUAAACAUGGUAUCACUGAAUGUUGUCACUGAUUGUAAUUAUCUGUAAUUGCUGUCAAACUCCUCAUGACAAAACGUCCACGUCUCUGUAGGAGACCUGACUAAUUGUGAUUAAAAUCAGUGCUUGUCGGUGAGAAUUUUACUAUGUCCUGCAUUUGAUUCAACCGCAAUGUUUCUCCGGUGCAGAUGAUCCUUAAAAAAAAAAAAAAAAAAAAAAAAAAAAACAGUCUGUCAUCUGGUUUUGUUUAACAUGCCAACAUGAUUUUAUCAGCGAGACUCCAUAAACAUGAUUUAGUGACGCUGUGUCUUAUAUCUGCCCCUCCGACUGAGAAAUUGCCUCCACCGUUGACCUGUGGGGCUCGUCGGAAAUAUUUCACAGGCGGGGUGUUUGCCUUACAGCGCCAGCUUUGUCAUCACCUCUGCUUUAUAAGCUCCUUUAGGAAUGGUGUCAGAGAAGAACCGUCACCGUGCGCGGGUUGAUUAUAAAGCUUUGAUGGAUCUAUAUGAUAUUUAUGAGGCAGAUGUUCGGCCUCAUCCAUCAUAUGCACCGCUGUAGCAGAUGCAGGCCCUCAUUAUAGGAGGAUUCCUGGCUGCUGGUGUAACGACAACAGGUAAAUCCUUGUUUUUUUAAGUCAUG